GGAGCUGUCCAAGUGCUGAAGACAGAAGAGAACAGAACCGCUCUAAAGGAGAUGCCAUACACCUUCACUGCUGUCUGAGCUUAUUGCCAAAGGUAAUAAAUAGCCUAUAAUGCUGCAUUUCCACCUCAAGUUGCCCGCGGGAGGAGCCGUAGUCCUGCUCGCCUUCCUCCUCCAUGGAUGCGCCGUGCAGACUGCGUCUCUCCCCCGCCACUACAGGCUCCGAGGAGGAGAGAGUGAGGGGCAGCCGGCUGCCUACCCACCCAGCUCUGAUAUGAUGAAAGCCCUGGAGUACAUUGAGAGCCUGAAGCAAAGGAACGGGGGCCGCCCUGAACCCGUGGAUUACGACGAAGUAGACAAGUUCAGGGUCCUGCUUCAGCUCGCCUCGCAGCAGGAUGAGAGUCCCGGGGACCGUCAGCCUGCAACCGGCAUGCAGAGGCAGGACAUUACCGCUGAAGGGCUGAUGAAAGCUCUGCUCAAGUCUCUCCAGGAUCAAGCUGGGAAAGAGGCAAAGCUCAGCCCCGCAUCGGCGCCCAGGAACGACCGCCGCACGCACAGGCACCGCACCAAAGACACUGAAGUCCCCGAGAGCGCACCGUCAGACUACGGUAAUUUCCCCAGACCCCACAAGAAAUACCCACUGAUGUUUGAGGAUGAGGAGAAUACAGACGCUUCUAAGCGGGCCACGGAGGACCUGGAUGAGCAGUAUACACCCCAGAGCCUUGCCAAUUUACGCUCCAUCUUCGAAGAGCUUGGGAGGAUGCCAACAGUGGCUGGCCAGAAGAGAGACCUGUUUGGGGAUGACGAUGACGAGGAAGAGGGCGGGUUCGGUCUAAGAAACCAGGCGUACGAGGAUGUUGCCGGAGGAGAGGAGUGGGUCCCCGUGGAGGAGAGGGAGGAGACGGAGGAGAUGGUGAACGGGAGCCACGAAGAAAUGGACAGGGCGCUCAGUGACCAGGAUGAAGCAGAGAGGGAGGAGAUGCAACGCCGGGCAAACCAAAACCAAGAGGAUGCCGAUGAUGACACUAAGUUGGUAGAUUACUACCUGUUGAAGGUCCUGGAGAUGAGCGACCAGACGCAGAAGAGGGAUAAGACCGGAGAACAGAGAAAGAGGCUGAUCCGCCCCUCCAUCGUGGACCCUCGGACGGUGAAGGAGUUGCUGGAGCUCUCCCUGAAGCUCCACGUCCCUCCACAGGACCUUAUCGAUAUGCUGCUCACAGAGGAGCUCAGGAAGCUCCACCGCGACCCCCAGGGCUCAGCUCGCUACACGACUGGCCAGACCCCCAAGAUCAGGUACUUCAGCCGCAGACUGCCAGUGAAGAACAAGCCCGCCCCAGAGGACAUGGACCGAGAGGACUUUUUAGACAUCAUCGGCGUGGAGACUAUCAGUAACGAGUAUCCUGUGGUGCAGAGACCCCUGAAGACCUCCCCAUCCUCGAACAGAAUCCCAGUGGCGUCCAUUCCUUCUGCAAAUUCAGGUCCAGUUAAAAUCCCUCCUCCCUCCGGGCGCAGGGAGAACCUCUUUUUGUCCGAGCUCAACAAAAUGCCCCUGAAACGUCAGGCAGACGGUGCUGAUGAUGAAGAUGAUGAUGGAGACGUGGAAGACGAGGUGACAACCUACCUUGCGGCUAAAAUCCUCACAGAGUACCCCAACAACAUCGCCAAGAGGGACACCCAGGCGCAACUGAAGGGACAGUUCCCCUACGAGCUGUACGAGCGGGCCCUGAAGGACUACUUGGGGCAAGCUGACACUGAAAAGAGGCCAGUGGCCAAGAGGGAAACCGAGGUGGCCACAGAGGAGAAAGUUAAUCCCACAGAGAUGCAGGGGAAAGAGGAGAUAACGGCCAAGACCUCGGCUCCACAGACCGUAAAUGAAGACGAGGAGAAGGAGCACCGUGAAAAAACAGUGGCUGGGAUGUAGCCUGACGCCCUGCAAGACGCACGAAAUUAUGAAUAUAGUAUUUAUACUGUCUCAAAAAUAAAGUUUGGUGGACGUGAUCUAGUUUACAAAUUUCUAUUAUAUGAACUAUAGCUGGUAAUAUCACCCUAACAAAAAAGUCUUACAUUUUUAAAAAGAAAUACUAGUCCCUACUUGCUGCAAAAACAUUAUAGAAAUAUAUAUAUAUAUAAAAAAUAUAUAUAGAUAUAGUGUUAUCAUAGGAGAUUAAUGCUGCAACCCGUGCACAAAUGAGAAAAAUCCACAAAACACUUUGAUUGGAUGAAGAUUUUGUCACUCAAAUUACUAACAAAUACACUGACAAAUAUCAAAUAACAAUGGAAUUCAAGUUAUUCAAGUUUUGUGAUGUUGUUCAAGGUUUGUUUACAUUAAUAUUGUGUGUAAACAGCAGAAAACAGGCCUAUAUUUUAAAUUAUAAUCAACUGAGUAAUGGUAACAAAAAAAAACGCUUAUUUUUCAUCUAUGUCAAACUAUUCAAUUACACAUGUGAAUAUGUCUGUAAAUUCUAAAGUAUAAUGCUGACUGGGCCUUUCCAACACAAGCAUAGAGUAUAAUGACAGGACUGCUGUAGAAAUAUUAUAGGGAUUUUUCGUUAGGGCAGUGUGCUGGGCUGAGACGAGUGUUGUCGUGACUCUUGAUAUAUUCAGGGUUAAGUGGAUUUAAAUGUUUAUUAUUAUGGAUAAUUAUUUCCAAGUCUAAAUAUCAGACCGUCGCCUGCCUUCCAACCCUUUCAUACUGCGAAGCUCUGUAUUGUUGGCCUACCAGUGGUUGUGCUAUGUAUGCUCAUUUUUAAACCAUUUUGUACAUGUUCAAUAAUGUGUGAUGAAUCACAGAUGAAUAAAGCAUCAGCGGUAUUAUUUUUCUU